AUGGCUCACCAAAAGUCGAGGAAUCCCUUCGCUUUUACGCCUCUGCCGGUUACGGUCAUCACGACUGUCAUUUACAUCGGCCUCGUCGCUGGCCUGCUCGCAACACACCUCGUAGUACCGCCCGCGCCUAAGGAUCCCACUCCGCUCAAGGGCAUCAAUAUCACAGAAGCAUGGGGAGACCUUCAGAGGAUUUCUAAUGGAUUCCAUCCCUACAACAGCCACCGCAACGACGAUGUCCGCAACUGGCUGCUACUCAGAAUUGAGGCGAUUCUCCGCCGCAACGACAUACGGUGGAAUACGGAGAGCACUCAGGCUCAAAGGCGAGGCAUACACUCAUAUAAAACAGCCAAGAACACGACCGCCCCAGCUCCAGUUACUGUGUUCAAUGACAUGACCUCCAAUGUCACCUUCUCCACGUCAUCUGCGAACCAGAGCGUUUAUUUUGAAGGAACGAACAUUAUGGUUUACAUUCGUGGCACCGAGGACGACAAAAGUGACUGGUGGAACAUGCACAAAAGUCUCAAGACCUCUAGGCCGAACUCAGGGAGAGGUGGUGUCCUUGUCAAUGCCCACUAUGACAGUGUGUCUACCGGAUACGGUGCUACGGACGAUGGCGUAGGGACGGUCACCGUUCUUCAAUUGAUCUCCUAUUUCACAAGCCCAGGCAACAGGCCUACGAGAGGCAUCGUCGCUCUGCUGAACAAUGGAGAAGAGGAUUACCUCAACGGUGCUAGAGCAUUCAUGCAGCAUCCAAUUUCGCAAUUUCCGCAUACCUUCCUGAACCUUGAAGGCGCCGGCGCCGGAGGUCGAGCAGCAAUGUUCAGAAGCACGGACACAGAAGUCACCAGGUCUUACACGAAGAGCCCAUAUCCGUUUGCUAAUGUCGUGAGCAGAGAUGGCUUUGAGCGCGGCUUGAUUCGUAGCCAAACGGACUACGUCGUCUUCAAUGGAGAAUUGGGCCUCCGCGGACUUGAUGUAGCCUUCUUUGAGCCCCGUUCACAAUACCACACAACCGAAGACUCAGCCCGGGAGACGUCGGUCAACUCUUUGUGGCACAUGCUUUCCGCUGCUAUCGCCACCACUGAGGGGUUGGCAUCCGACACCAGCUCUGAGUUCGAUGGCGAAGGCAGCGUAAGAAAAGGCAGGGUAAAUGCCGGACAUGGCACUGACGCCGUGUGGUUCGACAUCUUCGGUCGGGCCUUUGCCGUUUUCCGCCUCCAUACACUGUUCGCGCUAUCGGUGACCCUACUGGUUGUGACCCCUAUACUUCUUAUCGCCUUGAGUUUCAUCCUUGGCCGUGUUGACAAGUAUUACUUGUUCUCACGGAAGAAGUAUGUCCAUUCGUCGGAUGACGACGAGCCAGUCUACUUGAAUGGCUGGCGCGGCUUCUUCCGAUUUCCGACUGCGUUCGUUGUGUCAACAGCUGCCGUCGUUGGCUUGUCUUACCUGACAACCAAGAUCAAUCCCUACAUUGUGUACAGCAGUCAAUAUGCAAUCUGGAGUAUGAUGCUCGCGACAUGGUUCUCAAUCACCUGGUUCAUCCUCCGUGGUGCCGACGCCAUGCGGCCAUCCGCCCUGUUCCGCACCUAUUCGCUUAUAUGGAUGUAUAUCGGGACGUAUCUUAUUCUAGUUGCGGUGACCGUGGGCGAAAACAUGUUUCAGAUCGCCGGCGGCUACUUUAUGGUCAUAUACUUCGCUGCCGUCUUUGCAGCCCUCCUCAUCUCGUACCUAGAACUCUUCGCCCUACCAAAGAAGUCCGCCUAUGUCCAGCAACAAUCCAUCAUCGAUGAAGCGCACCGGCCUAUCGAUGAGGCUACCCCUCUAACUCACGAUACUGGCAGCAUCAGGUCAAACAGGCCUAUCACAUCAUCCUCUGCACAUCAAAAACCACGAGAUGAGCCGCGAACCGACGAGGAAGACGAAGCAACCGAGACGACAUCUCUCCUCCGCGGCGACCCCAACCAAAGCUUCGCGCGUUACGGCGACCACCGCCAGUCCGUGGACGAAGGUACCGAGCACGACGCCAUAGCUCAGGAAGAGCCUAGCCUGCCGCCACCCUACGGCGAAGAACAAGCCUGGUCCGGCUACCUCCCGCGCUGGACCUGGCUCUUCCAGUUCCUCCUCCUCGCCCCAAUCGUACUGAUCCUAGUCGGCCAAACCGGCCUCCUCCUCACCUCAGCGCUGUACCAAACUCCCGCGGACGGCAGCCCGCCGCUACCGAUCUACCUCGCCAUCGCCGUCUUCUCGGUGCUUCUGCUUGCGCCUCUCGGGCCGUUUGUGCAUCGGUUUGGUUAUCAGAUCCCGACGUUUUUGUUCUCGGUCGCCGUCGGUACCUGCGUCUAUAACCUCACCGCAUUCCCUUUCUCGCCUAAUGCCCGCUUGAAGGUUUAUUUCGUCCAGCACGUCGAUCUCGACACAGGGAUUAACACCGUCUCACUUACCGGGCUGGAAGAUUAUGUCCGCGACAUCGUCGCCGAGAUGCCCUCAGCAGCGGGCCAGGAGAUAAGGUGCGGCGCGCCGGACUACGCCGCUCGUUCUGGGCUGUCGAAAUGUAUGUGGGAGGGCAUUGCGCCAAACGUCGUGCCCCUGGCGCAUCCGGAGAUUCCACUCGAGAAGGGAUAUCAGGAUUGGCUGAGCUAUAACAUCACGCGCGUGGAGAAUGUGACGGAGGCGGUUAUCAGCCUCAAGGGCAAGAACACGAGAGCGUGUCGGCUGUACUUCGACCGCUCAAUCGAGGACCUGCGUGUUGAGGGCUCGGUGGCGAGUGAUGCGACGCAUGAGGCUGUUGGCGAGAACGGCUCCACGGAGGUGAGGCUGUGGAGUCGGGAGUGGGGGAGGGGGUGGAAUGUGACUGUGAAGUGGAAGGCGGAGGCGGAGGGAAGGAAGGGAGAGGGUUUGGAUGGAAGGGUCGUGUGUUUGUGGAGCGAUGCGAAUGAGAGCGGGGUCAUUCCGGCGUUGGAGGAGGUGAGGAUGUUCAUGCCGAGGUGGGCGCAGGUGAGUAAGUUGGGGGAUGGGCUUGUGGAGGGGUCGAAGAGGUUUGCGGCAUAG